AUGGCAGAUCGCUCCCUGGCAGUGCUUGACAAGGAGCUGGCAGAGCGUGUUGCCCUCGUCUCCGGCUUUGAUGUGCGUCUGGUUCGAAUCAACUCAAAGAUGGACCACUACCACGUUCUUCAGGGUCUUCAGGAUCCUUGUUAUGAAGGCGAGACCUCGGAGACAUUCUACUGCUACCAGUGCUGGGGCGAGACGGGCACCCCCGGCAACAAGAAGCUCGACGGCCCUUUCUCGGAAAGGGAGAUGCGGGAAGCUUUUGCCGGAGUGUUCGAGAAACGGACCGGAAGUGCUUGGGGAAGUCUGAAGCCAGGAGAGAGGGUCGCUGAUGGAAAUUUCUGGUGGCAGCAGGUGAGUGCUGUGGAUGAGCAAGCUCUCUGGCAGUACUAUGUGCACGACGGGGUGGAUGGCAAGAGACGUGGCUGGUAUCCGUACGAGGACGAUGCUUCUGCCCUGGUGGAAGAGAUGUUUGCACAGCACGUGAGCAACGACCAGGAGAAGCGUACAGCGAUCAGGACGGUGUCUUCAGGCUACUUCUCCUACAGAAUCGACUUGGAGGCCAUGACGCAGGAGAAUGCCAGGACCGGCAAGGUCCGUGCCAUCCGGCGUUUCACGAAGACGGAGACGGAGGAGUCCACGAAGAAGCGGGCCAAGCGGCCAGCCGAUCGUAAGAAAGUGGCGAAGACGAUUCUGAAGACGAAGAGCAAGCCCAAAGCAAGGGAGCCCAGCAAGCCCAGGAAGGCCAGCAAGGCCAAGGCUGCCAAGGCCCCCAAGGCCCCCAAGGCCAAGGCCCCCAAAAAGGCCAAGGUGGCAACAGGCAAGGAUGCCAAGGCCCAGGUCUUCCAGGGCAAGUUUAGCCGGACCUCUACCGGCCUCAAGAAGAGAGACCUCAAGAAGAACAAGUACGGAAAGGUGGUGAGCAAGAGGCUUUCCGAAGCAGGUUGGAUGCCGGAAGAACUUCGCGAGGGUGGCUUGCUGGAUUGCCGCCUGCCAGAAAGUCGUGUAGAGCACUUGACUCAAACCCUUCUAUGGGACCUGACGGUCUUGGCGGAUCCGACCUACUGCCACUACGAACUUUUUCUCCAAUAUGGUGACGGGCUACAUCCAGAUCCUCUGGGCCAGAAAGCUCAGACCGUGAAGGAGCUAACCCAUCAGGCCGUCAAGGACUACCAAAUCACGGGAGAAGCGCUGCUAUUUUUUGAUUUUAUGAGCAUGAGUCAGAACCCCUUCCAGCCCGGCCAGCGGGAGCGCACACCACAGGAGCAGGCCGAUUUCCUGAAAGCCAUCAACGCCCUGCCUGAGAUUUUCUUCACGGCGGACGCCGUGCUCCACAUCGAUGGGGACUGGCCAGAGCUUGAGGUCGAGCACCUGCAUGAGAUGCUGAAGGAGGAGGACCUGAGCAAGUUCCAGCUCAGAGAGAACGGCACAGUCGUCCUGGCGUACAACCAGUUUCAGGCGGACGACGGCUCUUUGGCACAGCUGCCGGUCUACACGGUGGAGUCGGUCAAUGACGGUCGGCAGGCCAGAGCGGAUGGGAACGACAGAGCCGUUGCUUUGAAUUUCCUGAGCCCGUUCUGGUUCAAGCCCGCCCUUGUGAUUCAGCUCAGCUCUCUCUUCGAAGUCAUGGCGCUGCCUAUGAAGACCGCUAUGAAGAAGGUCAUGAAGUCCGGUGCCAUGAAGGCCAAAACCACCAUGAAGGAUGUGGCAAAUUCUGCAUCGGUUGUGAGGGCAGAGCUGGACUGUCCAUAG